GCUGACUUAGGUGAUAUCAGAAGCGAACUCGACACCGGAAAGACAACACGUGUGGCGAGGCGGUGAUCGGCACAGUCAGUACGCGGCCGCCCCGCACGCCGGACACCCGCCCCCACGCUCGGUGAUCCUCCAAUUACUUGACAGAAAAAGAAUAGUUACCGACUAACUUUCCGCACAUGUGCUCAAGAGAAAUUUGGUGUUGAUUUACAAUUCGUGAGUUAGUUAUUCUUGAGAGGUGAAAGGACUGGUGUGUGUGUGUGUUUGCGUGUGUAGGGCGGCUAAGAGCUCCUGACAGUGAAGAGAGCGAAGCCCGCGCCAUGUCCGCUAGCGAGCGCAAGUCCUUCUGCAUCGAGUCGCUACUGUCGCGGGAAGCGGUGGCUGGUGGCGGGGGGAGGAGUACGCUGAGCCCCGCUGACCUGACCUCUCACGACGUGACCUCACCGCCCCACACUCCACCCCUCAGCCCUCUCUCCUCGCCCCACUCCUCCCCACUCUCCAUCUCCCCCGCCGUCACCUCCUCCGCCAUGCUGAACCGGGCCACGCUCCUGGGGGGCGCCACCGGCCCCCUCAUGCACCCGCACCUCUACCAGUACCCGGGCAUGGGCAUGCCCCCAGGCCUCCUACCCGCCCACGCCUUCACGCCCACCGCCUCCCCGCUACUCGACGCACAGGCCUUCAACGCCCUCAAAUCCGGGGCGGGGUCGCUGCCCCCGGCCGCCCUCGACUGGUUCGCCCGCGCCGGGCUCAUGUAUCCUCGCCUCCCGCCGGAGUUAACAGGUCAGUGUUCCGUCUCGUGGCCGCUUCCAGCAGGUGGUCUCUCACCCCGGUGUAACACCAGGCCUGGCGCCCCGGCACCUGGCGCCCCGGUACCUGGCACCGCGGCACCUGGCACCCAGGCACCUGGCGCCCCGGCACCUGGCACCCCGGCACCUGGCGCCCCGGCACCUGGCGCCCCGGCACCUGGCACCCCGGCACCUGGCGCCCCGGCACCUGGAACCCCGGCACCUGGCACCCCGGUACCUGGCGCCCCGGUACCUGGCACCGCGGCACCUGGCGCCCCGGCACCGCGGUACCUGGCGCCCAGGCACCUGGCACCCAGGCACCUGGCACCCCGGCACCUGGCACCCCGGCACCUGGCACCGCGGCACCUGGCACCCAGGCACCUGGCGCCCCGGCACCUGGCGCCCCGGCACCCGGCGCCCCGACAACGUCACAAUAUGCCCCAGCGACGACCCGUCCUCAGGCCGGGCUCGCCCAAGCUACGGCUGAGUCCACCGACAUAUUCACCAACAUCUUGGCGCUGGUGUAAUAAAAAGCGCUAUUUUCCGAAAAGUAAAUAA